AAUGUGGUGUUUGGCUGGUCAGCAACGCCUGAUGCAAAGUUUGUCUGUGGUUAUUGCUGCAUCCCCUGCCUGUGCCGGGGCUGCAGGGGCUUGGGGGUGUCUCAGCGCAGCACAUGGCCACAGGACAGGGCUGAGUGCUGGGCAGAGGAUGCUGUGCCCACCUGCCCUGGGCUGGGGGACGGGUCUGCCCUCCUUUCCCUGCGAGUCAGUGGCUCCCUCCUCAGGGCCCCUGACAGCAGGGCUGGCAGAAGCAGAGGUAGCAUGGAGACAUGAAUUCUGCAGCCUCAAGGAUGCUAAGUGGUGUUUCACAGAGGAUGAGGGCAAAGCACUGACAAGACAGGAAUGCUGGGCAGCAUUUGCACCACGAGAUGUGGAAUGGGCAGCAUGAGGGGACAACACCACCCUGCCCCAGCACCAGCUCCUCCAGUGGCACCUGGCAGUGCCCGCACCUGUGCAGCGACUCAGCUGCCACGAUCUGAGCAUUUAGCAGAGCUGUCAUUUCUCCUCAGCCUGUUCCAUUUUCCCCUAAAUUGCCAACCGUUUCUGCCAAGCCUCUGAACUGUCUCACCCAAAGGACCAGCCCUGUGGUGUCUUUUCCACAGAGCUCCCUCCUUCCUCAUUUUUGGUCCCGUUGCUUUUGAUUUUCACAUCUUUACAUAAAACACAAGCUGUGGCUUUGUGUGGGGUGGGCUGUGCUUCAUCUCAGGACUCCUAAACUCAGUGGCUGCCACAUCUUACUCAUAAGGUAAUAGCAGAGUGACAGGACAUCAGCUGGUCUCCUAAAGAAGGGAGAAUAAAGCCAAGCCAGAGGGAAGCCAGGGAGGGGAUCUGCUGCUGGAGCCAUCCUCCCCUGCCCACCCCUAUGGCUGUCAGCGAGGGAGAGCCUCUCUCUGCUGCUGGCUAUCAUCACCCCAUGCCCGUAUCCCCCAUGGCCCUGGCAGAGCAGAGCUGAAGCCUGACUGUCCCUAGGUGCCAUGAGAGCCAGGCAUGCCACUGUCCCCAAGGUCCUGCCUCCUGGCUCAGCAGCGCCGCUGGAUGCUCCCCGCAGCUGACAGAUUUGCUGGUGUUCUGGCAAGGCUGCGAGUUCAGGCUCUGGCAGGAAGGAUGAGCUGGGGGACGGAAUCUGUUCUGAAUCUGUUCAGUCAGGGAAAAAAGCAGAAAUCUACUACUUCAGGCAUUUAAGGUGGCUCUUUGAGGAGCCACUCUGCCAUGGUAAAAGGACCCGAGGUCCUGCGCCUCUAUGCCUGCCAAGCCAGGGACUGCUCUGAAUCUUUCUGAGGCUGUCCAGAGCACUUUUGGUUUCUCUUGUGCUUUUUAUCUGUGUCUUUUCCAUUAAUUCCUGGUGGGAAAUUCCUUUUCUUGAGACAAAGCACUCUCCAUCACAUGAGGGCCCCUGGGUUUGCACAGGCCCUAGGAAAACCCUCAAGCAAGCUCUGUUGUCAUUCAGCCUGCCAAAAGGCCAAGCAGAGGACUUGCAGUCGGCUUGCUCAGUGGCAAUUCAGGUCCUAGCACCUGAGGCCAGCAUCACCAGACAGGCAGGACGUCACCGUGGGGCCAGAGCCACAUGCAUCACAGCCGUGCUGGGGCCCCAGGUCCAGCUGACAGAGCCCCCAGGACAGCUUACGGCCCCCUCCGCUGCACCAGACUUCAGAGCUUGCGAUGCCACCCCGCACGCGUAGGAGUUUGCAGGACACUUAAUAGCGCAGAGAUUGUCACUCAGUCCCAGAAAUGGGGAAAGGCCAAUUGCAGGCUGAAGAAGGAGAGUACGGGCUGAGCCCAAAGGAAGGGAAAGCAAGAACCCCCUCCUGCGGCACCAGGGCUCCCCAGGGCCGGCGAUGACCUGGCUGGCUUUGGCAGGGCAGGACAUCACCCAAGGGGAUGAUGCUGGAUGGGUGCUGUGCUCGGUAAAAUCCCUGUGAUAGGUCACUCUAGGUGCUAAUGCUCACCCCGUGUGGUGCUUUUAACACCUCAUUUGAUAAUGAAACGGCAAGGGCAGACACAUGAUUUACUCCUACUUGCCCUUUCUCAGCGGUGUACAGUUUUGUUGAGAAAAGCCCCCAGAGCUUCUCCUUUAAGGCUGCUUGUAGGAAAUGCCCAGCCUGGGCUGAGACAUUAGCUGUGGGUGAGUGGGGGGACAGCAAAGAAAAGUGGAAGUCACCACACAGCUACUUUCGUCCCGCUGCGCUAACGCCUCCGAGACGUCACUGAGCCAGCCUCCAGGGGAAAAACAAGCGUUCGGCCGCCUGCCAGGGCAGAGCUCGGCAUCCUGCUCACCCAGCCCCGCGCCCGUGGAGGAUGCUGAGCCAGCAUGGCCCCCUCUGCCGCAGCCCUGGCACUAUGCGUGGCACUGCUCCUCGCCUCGCAGACAGACGGUGAGAAGCUGGGGAGCCCCACACGCGUGCGCUUUGCUGCAGAGAUAGCGCAUCACUUGCUGCGGUGGGAGCCAGGACACAACAACCCCAGUGACAUCCGCUAUGAAGUGGAGCACAAAGUCUAUGGCAGGAAUUUCUCCUGGACAGCCAUCCCAGACUGCAUGAAGAUCUCAGGGCACUCCUGUGACCUCACGCGCUACACCCUGGAUCCUGCCCUGCGCUACUACGCACGGGUCAGGGCUGUGUUGGGAAACCGCACGUCCCCGUGGCAAAGGACCAAUGCUUUCUCCCCGCAAGAAGCCAGCCUGCGCCUGUCAGGCCAGAGCCUCUCUGUGAAGGGCAACACCAUCUACGUGCAGCUGCAGCUGCUUCUCAAGGCAGGGAACCUCACCGUGAAAUACGAUGACAUACAGAAGCACAUGAAGCGAUACCGGGUGUACGUCAGGAGGGCGCAGGACAAUCGGACGUACGAGUUGAUGGAGACCACCCCGGAGUUCAACAUCAGCAACCUCUUCUGGGACAUGGAGUACUGCAUCAGCGUGGAGCCCGACGUGGCCAGCCGGCACACCCGCACCACGCGCACCAACGAGCAGUGCGUCACCAUCAGCAAGAGAGACAGGAGUGCGGAGCUUCUCCUGAGCAUCGUCAGCUCCUCCUUCAUCACCCUGUUGCUCUUGGGUCUCCUGGGGGCUCUACUGGUGUGCACCUACAUAAAGAAACCCAUGAGGCCACCGUCCGUCCUGAAAUCUUUCAUAAAGCAGAGCUCGCUGUGGGUGGAACAGGACUCCUCAUCCUCUGGCAGCCCGGACGCAGACCCUGUGCAGCAGCUAUUCCUGUGCCAGGAGCCCCAGCAGGACAGUGGCCCCGAUGGCAGCACUGGCAGAGCCCAGUUGCCCCUGGAGAAUGGCUGGAGGCUUCCAGCGUGGCCCGAGGAUCGGAUGCACCUGCUGGGGCUGAGGUCCAUGGGGAGUGGAGACAGCAGCUACACCAGCACCGACAGUGGCAUUUGCCUGCAUGCCUCCUCCUUCGAACUGAGCUGCUCCUCAGGCCCCGAGCCCCAGGGCUACAAGCAGCAGCUGCCCACAGCUGACGACAGCGGCGUGGGCUUAGAGAGCACCUGCCCUGGCCCCACGUGCCCCUCCAGCAGCGGGAAUGCCAGUGCCAUGGAGGCCAGGGAGCUCGGCCUCUCCCCUGCCGCCGGCCAGGACAGCCAGCAAGACGUGGAGUUCCUUGGAUACCUGCAGCAGUCCACGGGCACAGUGGAGCCACAGCAGGACCCAGCCAAGUGGGUGCCCUUCUCCAGCUGUGCAGGACCCCCACAGGGCCCAGGCAGUGCUGACAUUGUGUUGGAUGUAGAGUGCUCCGAGCUGGCUGUAGCCAAAGGAUAUUUGAAGCAGUCCACCGCCGGGAUUCCUCGCAGCCACGUGCAGGACCUUGCUCCACGGGGGCCCCCUCAGGAGCCCACUGCCUGGGACUUUUCCAGCCAGGUGGGGCCCCAAGUCCCCACUCUGCUGAGCUAUGGGGAUCCAGGUGCUCCCUUAGUCUCCAAAGCCAGCCCUGAGCUCCUGAAAGCUCCCUUUGACCCAAGCAUCAUCAACACCGACCUCCUGGGGACGCUGCCCCUCAUCUCCAGCCUCAGCACCAACCAGUGGCUCACGCUGCAGAUGAAUCCCCUGAGCCUGCUCAACGGGGACAGCAAGGACAGCCGCCUGUGAGCUGACCCCGUGCUGGGCAGUGGGUGCCUGCCAGCCUGCCGUGCUGACCCAACUACCUCUUCUAGCCACUGCCCACAGGGAGCAGCUCCUCCGAUAAGCUACCACCACCCUCUGAAUGUUAAUGCAUCAAACUGAGCGGUGCCCUGUCCGAGACUCACCCAAGAAGCACCAGUUUAGCUCCUUCAGGGGCUGCUUUGGCCCUGGCACCGCUGUGGCCAGCCCCCAGUGCGCCCUGCACCUUCCUCCAGCCAGUCCCCAGCAUAAAACCGAUGAGACACAGGGAUGGGCUGUGCUGGAGGGGCUUGUCCCCACCUCCUCCAACCACCAAGCCCAAGGAUACACACCAGGAUGUUUCCAAAGGGCAAUCCUGCCUUGCCUGACCUCCCCAGCAACGCAGCACAGGGCACGCAGCCCCUGGGUUUGGGGCCAGUGCUGUGCUUUGCUUCCCUGUUUCCCCAUUCCACAGGCGAGAGACCGCGCUCCUCCAGCUGACGUCAGGCUCCUCCAGCUGAUGCCACGUAAACCUUUCACAACAGAUACCAGAAGUGAAGAGCAGCCUGACGUCAGCCAUCCUGCUGCUGGGAGCAUGGAGCUCCCACCCUGGCUGGCCUCACUCAGAGGGAGCGAGGGACUUUCCUGACCCUACAGACACCCUUCAGCAUCCUCUGGCAGAGAGCCAGAGCACUGGCUAGCUCUGGCAGGGUGCAGGAUGCAUGCAGCAACAGCCAUAUGAGCCCAGCACAAGCCAGGGCAGCCCUACUCACACUAUGGUCCACGUUUUGCCACUAUUGCAUACAGACAUUAUUUAUUCUAUUUAAUUUGUAAAUACAGAAAGGAUGUUAAUUUGUAAAUACAGAAAGGAUGUGGUGUUAUUUA